AUGGAGGCAUUUAAAUUGGACAAGAAAAUUGGCUUCCAGGUGGAAAGAUCUAAAUUAGAAACAGAACUGUUAGAACCCAAAACUAAGAAUUUGUCAAGAAUGUAUAACUUGCUGCUGAAAUGGAAUACCCAGGAUGAAACGGUAAAAUCGGCUAUGAUUAAAUGGGCACAGGACGUUGGACAUAACAUUAUGUUUGCUGACUGGGAACAGUUAUGGACCACAGGUAUGAAAUUUACGGCAUGUAAUGCCUUAAGAGAGAAUAUUAUGAAAAUGAUAUACAGGUGGUACAUAACCCCAGUCAAGCUUGCAAAAAUUUACCACUUGCCCGAUAACAAAUGUUGGAAAUGUAAAGAAACUGAAGGUACAUUUUUUCACCUUUGGUGGACGUGCCCAAAGAUUAAGGCUUUCUGGGAAAUGAUAUAUAAUGAAUUUAAAAAGGUAUUUAAGUAUACCUUCCCUAAGAAACCAGAGGCCUUUCUCCUGGGCAUAGUCGGCCAAAUGGUGUUAAAAAAGGAUAGAACUUUCUUUAUGUAUGCAACAACAGCAGCAAGAAUACUCAUCGCAAAGCAUUGGAAGACACAAGAACUUCCCACGCUGGAGGAAUGGCAGAUGAAACUUAUGGACUAUAUGGAACUGGCUGAAAUGACUGGUAGAAUCCGUGACCAGGGAGAAGAGUCGGUGGAGGAAGAUUGGAAGAAAUUCAAAGACUAUCUUCAGAAACAUUGCAAAAUUAAAGAAUGUUAG